AACAGAUUAAUAAUUGUAUAAAUUAUUAUUUAGACAUAUGUAUAUAUAUAUAUAUAUAUAUAUAUAAGUAUCUGAAAGAAUACUAUUCGAACUGGGUGAGCCCUUCCCGCCCCCACGAUAAGCUCUAGCCUUGUCUAAAAAUGUAGGACCAGCCUUGCGUAAACCUACAAGCCCAACAGGGUUAAAUCUUAAACGUGAUUGGCUGGAUAAUCAAUUCGUGUCCAAUAUCAAUGAAAUAGUUUCAGCCACGGCAAAUACGCAAUACGCAGGCCCUUCGAAAUCAGCAUACAUUUAAAUGAAGUAUACGUACUUUUUCCAUGAAUAAAUAUGCGAAUCUACCCAAGAUACCUUUCCCAAUAUUGUCCAUCGAGUUCAAGAACUUUUGAAAGCAAAUAAAGUCAAUCUCAUGCUGUGAGGCUACAACCAUUUCCUAUUCUGGAUCAUAAUAUGCAAUGCAUGAUUUGAUAUUCAAACAACAAUUUACGGGAGCAACGUGUUUCGUUUCUGAAGCUUGAAGAUCAUGACUAGUCCUGCAAAACAAAGCGCCUCUAGAUGGGGAUCAUUUUUGUCACAAGCUGUAGGAGGAUUGGAAUCAAGACUAGAUAAUAUAUUGGCAGAAGGACAGGAAGGUCAAGCAAACAAACCAGCUUCUACGGCUGGCAGCACAGUUGCCGCAAAACCAGAGGCAGGUAUGAAAAGCCGUCUAAAGUUCUUGGAAUAUGCAUUGAUCUGACAGUGCCUCUAGCAAUUUCUCGAAGUGGAUCAAAUAGUAGUAGGACAAACGAUCGACUACAAGAACGUCUAGCAAGGGCGGUAGCUGCAAAGAAUGCACAGAAAUCCGGGACACAAUCAAUAUCUUCCAACGUACCUUCGAGAACUGGUAGUCCAAUCACAGUUGUUGAAAGUUCGAGACAGAGUCUAGAUGCGAGUUCUAGUGUAGGAGGUGACGAGGCUGCGAAACGAAUUUCGCAAGACUUUGGGUCUACUGCAAAUAAGAAUGCUGUCGAGUGGGAUGCACCUACUGUGGAGGUUCGACCAAGUACUCCUGUCACUGAACCCAAUUCAGAUUCCCAUCAGGCAUCACCCAAUAUAACUGCCUUGAAGGCUGAACCGACUUCCCGUUUAUCGACAGAUUCUACUAGGUCUAAUAUACCUAGAGGAUCUAUUGAUUCUAUUCAACAAUUGGAGCCAAUACCACGCUCAUCAGUUGAUGAGCUACCGGCAAUUAUUUCGACUCCAGAUGUGGUUCCAACGUCAAAAACCCCGGCUGAACUAGAAGCUGCGCUCAAUCAGCUUCAGACAGACUAUGAAACCUCCGAAUUACAAAGACAGGAGGAAAUUCAUGGGUACAUAGAACGUAUUGAUGCACUGCAGGCAAAAUUACAAUAUUUAGCAAAAGAAGGUCUAGAAUCGGCUAGCAACGCUAAAAAUGCUGCACCAUCAGGUAGCCUGGAAAGGAAAUUGGCCGAGAAAGAACAACAAGUCAUUUUACUCAUGGAAGAGGGCCAGGUUUUGUCUAAGAAGGAGUUAACCCAUAUGACGACAAUCAAAAAGCUUCGUGCCAAAGUUCUUGAGAAUAACAAAGAAGUCGCGGAAACUAAAAAGAAACAAGAAAAGGCUGAGAAAGAGGCUGCAUCUCUGGCAGAGCGCCUUAAACGAGCUGAGGGUGCUGAGAAAAGUUUAAAUGAGAGGAACAGCGUGAUUAAUCGACUUCGAAAGGAGCUUGAUGCGAUUAAGAUCGAGAGAGAUACUAAGGAUACGAUAAUCGCAAAUUUAAAGGCUCAGCUCGAAGAUGAUGCUGCUCAAGAAAAACAAGCAGAGGCAAAAGUUGCUAAUGAAGCACUUGAGGCCGAAAAGAAACGUGUUGCUGAACUUGAGGAUGAUAUUUCUAACCUCAAAAUCGAGAAGCAGCUUGUUAAUGACAGAGCACAGAUACAGAUUAAGGAGCUCAGAGAGAAAAUGGACAGGGAAGCGGAAAAUGCUCGAAUUGCAGCUCUUGAAAUGAAAAAUGAGCAACAAAUGUUAGAGAGUAAAUUAGAGGUUAUGAGAGCUAGAGCCGAAGAGGUAUCAUCUGGUGCUACAGGAGAUGCGCAAGCAAAACUUUUACGUCAAAUCGAAACCUUGCAAACACAAUAUGCUGUUGCAAGUGAGAAUUGGCAAGGAAUUGAAGCUUCAUUGACGGCACGUGCAACUAGUCUAGAAAAGGAGAGAGAUGAGGCGACUAAGCGAGAAGCUGAGGUUAGGCGAAAAGCUCGUGAAGUGGUAUGUUUUAAUUGUCUAUAUUUCUAUGAAUGACAGCUAACCACGCUUAGACUUUAAAAGCUAAACGUAAUGAAGAUGAAUUGGAGGAAACUAGGUCGAAAUUACCCAAUUUUCAACAAGAACUUUCCGAACGAAAUGCUCAAUUAGAUGAUCUCAAAAAACGUGUCGAAGAGGCUGAAGCUGCAUUAGUAUCAGCCAAGGCCGAAUUUGAAGAUGAGAAACAGAUAUGGAAUUCUGAAAUCCAACAACGAUUGUUGGAUGAGAAACAAAAAUGGCUCGAAGAAAUUUCUCUCAGUGGUCGCGGAGAUUCACCUGUAGCGACAAGUCGAAGGGGAUUAACAUCAGAAUAUUUGGGUUUACAAAACAUGCAAUUGAGAAGAACUUCGGGUAGAUCUACAACCGGUGAAGCAACUCCGGAGAGACUUUUACGUCGUCAAUCCGGUCAACUACCUUCAAAAUCUCCAGAUUCUGGAACACCUGUCAGACAUGAUUCAACGGCAUCACUAACACAUUCCAUUUCGUUAAAUUCGAUUGCAACAAAUGGGACGGGGGAUAGAAGUGAUUUUAAACCACAAACACCAUCUCUUCAUACGCUAGAGAAUGAUGAUUUUUUCGAAAAUCAUAGAUCUUCAUCCCCUCAACAAACUCUUCACGAUAUUAUAUCCACUUCAACUGCUGGUGCAGGACCCACCGUCCAACUGGUCGAAAGAAUGAGUUCCGCAGUUCGCAAACUAGAAAGUGAAAAAGUGGCAACGAAAGAAGAAGUAGCUAGAUUAGCAGCUCAACGUGAUGAAGCGAGAACGGAAAUUGUAGCAUUAAUGAAGGAGAUAGAAAGUAAGAGGGAAGUAGAAAUGAGGGUUAAGGAAUUAGAAGAAGAGGUUAGAGGUGUGAAAGAGAGGUAUGAGGUUACGCUUGAGUUACUUGGGGAAAAGAGUGAGGAGGUUCUGGAGUUGAGGGGAGAUGUAGAGGAUAUUAAGGCCAUGUAUAAGGAGCUUGUUGUUAGAAGUGUAGAGUAGGAGUGGUAUCAGGAAAGGGUGAAUAGGUGGAUGGGUGGAUGGGUGUGAGGAAGGAUUUAGAGGUGUAAGGGGAAGGCACAAGAGGAAGGUAUCUGGGAAGGCAUACGGGGUAAGGGACAAGGGGUUGUACUUUUAUCUGGAAUUGAAUCUGCGAUCGAUUGUUGAAUCGUGCGUGUUGGCGGGUAAGCGAGCAAGAAGGCAUAGAUCUUUCAAGAGAAUGAAUAAAUAUGUUAAUGAUCUGACUCCAUGUUAUUUGAUUAUGAAUUUACGUUGCUUGUAUUUUUAUUUGUGUUUAUCUCCGAAUUCGUCCUGUGUGAUCGAAAUCAAUAUACGGAGGAUGGAUAUUUUUGCUAGAUUUUGAUUUAUCUUGCUUUAGUCUGAUACUGAAUAUAUAUAACUAGACAGGUAAUUAGAUGAUGAAUUAUCUAGAUGAGAAAUAAAUAUGAUUUU